UGUCAGCUCCUUAAAUCCUCAUAGUGUUCACAAGUGGCUCUGUCUUUGGACGCUUUUAUUUUGAAGGUCUAAACUCUUGCAGAUUAACUGAGGCCAGCUUGAUGUCGGUGUGAGCAGCAGCAGGGAGAAAGAGUGAAGUAAAGCAACAGGAACAAAGUUGUAGGACCUGAGUCCACAGCACCGCGGUCUUCACCCGUGAAAUGUAACAACCAUCUCUCCGUUUCCGAGGGAGACAGGCUGCUGUUUGCUUUGGGGACUACUGGACUUGUUUUUUGCCUUGUGGAGAAUUAAACCCUUAAUUUAAAGUUUUUUGGCACGUUGUGGAGUCUGGAUGCGCAGGAGCACGGCUCUCUGUAGUUAGCGUGUUAGUUAAGAAAAGUGGAUCGUGCUGCGAAGAAAAUGCCGUAAAUCAUUUGGAUGUACUUUUCUUUUUCAAACUUUUGAAGUCGUUUUCCUCUUAUUUGCAUACACACGCUGCACGCUUCGGACUUGUUUUGAGGGAGCACGUCUCCUGACUCCUCGGUGACAGCAGAGGUGUGUUACUGAGUCCCUGAAUUCCAGCUUAAAAAGGAUUGAAUUUAUUGGCUACCAUGGCAUCCAAAGGUGACACCGCAGAGGGAGGAGCCAACGAGGAGUUUAACGACAUCAUCAAGUGGCGAUCUGAUGAGCAUGACGCAGUACAGCAGAAAACAUUCACCAAAUGGAUAAAUGCACAGUUCUCCAAGACGGGGAAGACGCCCAUCAAAGACAUGUUCUCCGACCUGAAGGACGGGAAGAAGCUGCUGGAGCUGCUGGAGGGUCUCACCGGCUCUGUUCUGACCAAAGAAAGAGGCUCCACUAGAGUUCACGCUCUCAACAAUGUCAACAAAGUGCUUCAAGUUCUGCAUCAAAAUAAUGUCGAUCUGGUUAACAUAGGAGGGACGGAUAUCGUGGAUGGGAACCACAAGCUGACCUUGGGCCUCAUCUGGAGUAUUAUUCUACACUGGCAGGUGAAAGACAUCAUGAAGGACAUCAUGUCCAACCUGCAGCAGACAAACAGUGAGAAGAUCUUACUGAGUUGGGUACGACAGUGUACCCGAUCCUACCCAGACGUAAAUGUGCUUAACUUCACCACCAGCUGGUCUGACGGCCUGGCUCUCAACAGCAUCCUGCACCACUUCAGGCCGAACGCAUUCAGCUGGGACAAAGUGGUGAAAAUGAGCCCUGUGGAGAGACUGGACCAUGCGUUCACUGUCGCAAAAGACCAGCUGGCUAUUGAAAAGCUGCUAGAUCCUGAAGACGUGGCGGUGCAGCUGCCGGACAAGAAGUCGAUCAUCAUGUACAUCACGUCCCUGUUCGCCGUGCUUCCCAAAGACGUGAGCAUGGAGUCCAUCAGAGAAGUCGAGACCCUACCGCGCAAAUACAAAGUGGGGUCCGAGGAUUCGGGUCCAGGCCUUAGCGCUCAGAAUGUGCAUAAGGAGGAAGCAGGCAGCAGCCCCAGGCCCGAGACCCCCAGCACCCUGACGGAGAUGGAAGCAGACAUGGAGGGUAGCUUCCCGGAGGUGGACCUGGACACCUACCAGACCACGCUGGAGGAGGUGCUGACCUGGCUGCUGUCGGCGGAGGACACGCUGCACAUACAGGACGACGUUUCGGACGACGUGGAGGAAGUCAAAGACCAGUUUCACACACAUGAGGCCUUCAUGAUGGAGCUGACAGCGCACCAGAGCAGCGUGGGUAACGUCCUCCAGGCGGGUAACCAACUGAUCGCCCAGGCCAACCUGACAGAGGAGGAGGAGGACGAAAUCCGGGAGCAGAUGAGCCUCCUUAACGCCCGCUGGGAGAGCCUACGGGUGGCUAGCAUGGACCGCCAGGCCAGACUCCACGAGGUCCUGAUGGAUCUGCAGCAGCAGCAGCUCCAGCAGCUCUCUGAUUGGCUCACACUGACCGAGGAGCGAAUCAGGAAGAUAGAGACAGACCCGACAGCUCAAGCUAUCGAGCUCUACAAAGAACAGAUAGAGCAGCACAAAGAGCUGCAGAAUGACCUGGAGGCGGAGCAGGUGAAGGUUAACUCUCUGACACACAUGGUGGUGGUGGUAGACGAGAACAGUGGUGAGAGUGCCACCGCUGCUCUGGAGGAGCAACUACAGACUUUGGGUGAGCGCUGGGCGGCCGUGUGUCGCUGGACGGAGGAGAGGUGGAACAAACUGCAGGAAGUCUUCCUGGUGUGGCAACAGCUGCUGUCAGACCAGAGUUUGUUCAGAGAGUGGCUGGCAGAGAAAGAGGAGGCCUUGAGUGAAGUACAAACAAGCAACUUCAAGGACCAAAGUGAAAUGAAUACUAAUGUGCGCCGUUUGGCAAUAUUGAAAGAAGACAUGGAAAAGAAGAGGAAGACUCUGGACCAGCUGUCUGAUGCAGGCCAGGAUGUGAUAUCGCUGCUGCGGAACCCAGAGGCAGGGGCUAAGAUUGAAGCAGACACAGAGGAGCUGGCUCAUAGAUGGGACAACCUUGUGCAGAAACUGGAGGACUGCUCAUUCCAGGUCAUGGAAGCUGUUACGGACGCUGGGCUGACUCCGGGGGCAGGGGAGGUUUUCUUGGAUACAGUUGAUGCGGCUGGUCCAAAGUCUGACCAGGAGUUGGCCCCACCUGCUCCUCCCAAAAAAAGACUGGUGGAAACAGAUGCAGAAGUCAGACGAGUGUUUGAAAAUAAACUCUCUGACGUCUCGAGCUGGAUCAAAGCAUGGAAGACAUCCGCUCAGGCGCUGGCCUCCACUCACCCCGAGAGCACGCCUGGCACACCAGACCUGCAGGAGAAACUAAAGGGUUUGGAGUCGGAGCUCACAGCAAAGGAGGCCACAGUGAGUCAAGUGAUCAAGGAGGGACGAGGCUUGAUGGAGCAGCUGGAGAGAGAGGGAGUGUGUGUGGACUCAGUGAAGGCAGACCUAGACCUGGUCCAAACAGAUUGGGACGUGAGCACAAGGGAGCUGCAGGCGGCCGGCGAAAGAGUCCGCACUCAAAGCCGGGUCAGAGCGGUGUCUGCCGAGCUGGCAGACCUGGACCGAACCUUGGGGGAACAGGACGGGUGGCUGGACUCGACCCCGGCUGCAUUGAAGUGCGAUGAGGCUGAGAUCAGAAGCUUGAGUGGAGAAUGUCAGUCCAGACGUGUGCAUGUUGACGCCCUGAGUCCACGACUGGAGCAGCUCUCUGCAGAGGUGGCGUCGCUGGGAGCCGUUCCGUCUCUAAAAGACAACAUGGUUGUGGUGUCGGCCCAUCACGCCUCCACACUGCAGCGGCUACAGAGCAGAGAGCAGGAGGUCAACCAAGCCUUGGCAGAUCUUGAAGCCAAACAGAUGCUCCCCAGCAUGGUGGAGGGUCUAGAGGCCAGACUGUCCACUCUAAGAGAUGGACUUGUGGACAUCCCUACAGCUGAGGGGGCCGUGGAGAAGGCACAGAGCCUGUGUCUGGAGAUUGAACAAACGCAACAAGCCUCCGAUCCCGCAGAACUACAAAGAUGGAGUCAACUCUCCUCCAAGGCCCGUGAGGAGCUGGGCACGUUGCAGUGCAUCCUGGGUAGCAUGAAAGACAAUCAGGUGCGUUUGGUGGAAGUCGAACGUUGGUUGGAUGGAGUUCAGGAAGUGUUGUCCAAUGAUGCCACAGGUUUGGGCAUCGAGGAAGAGCUCAACCAGUGCAAGGAGUACGUGAAUGAGAUGGAGUCAGUGGAAGGUUCAUUGAAACAGAUGGGAGAGAAUGUGAGCGCUGUGCAGGCAGCUGCAGUCCCAGGACUCGCCAAGUGGGGGCAGGAGAAGUUGGAUAAGUGUCGGGUCAAAUGGGACUCUCUCAGCAAACAGCUGCUGAGCCAUCAAGAGCGUCUGUCAGAGAGCAAGGAGAGGCAAGUGAAUCUGAAGAAGGACUUGGCGGAGAUGCAGGAGUGGAUGACCCAGGUGGACGAGGAGUUUCUCAUGAGGGACUUUGAAUACAAGAGUCCUGAGGAGCUGGAGUCGUCGCUGGAUGAGAUGAAGAGAGCUAAAGAGGAUGUGCUUCAGAAGGAGGUAAAGGUGAAGAUCUUGAAAGACAGCAUCAACAUGCUGGUGUCCAAAAUGUCGCCCUCUGGUGGAGGCAGUGGGAAGGAGCUGACCUCAGAGCUGGACGGGGUUCUCGUCAACUACCAAAAGCUUUGUGACCGCUUCAAGAGCAAGUGUCACACUCUGGAGGAGGUUUGGUCCUGUUGGAUGGAGCUGCUUCAGUACCUGGACAUGGAGCAGAGCUGGCUCAACACUCUGGAGGAGAAGGUUCAAGCUUCAGACAACUUACCGGAGAACACAGAGGCUGUCAGUGAAGCCCUGGAGUCUUUGGAGAGCGCGCUUCGUCACCCAGGGGACAACAGGACGCAGAUCAGAGAGCUGGGUCAGACGCUGAUAGACGGAGGCAUACUUGACGACCUCAUCAGCGAAAAACUAGAGGCCUUCAAUUCACGUUACGAGCAGCUCAACCACCAGGCGGUGAACAGGCAAAUCAGCCUCGAGCAGCAGCUUCAGACUCUCAAAGAGAACGAACAGGGCCUCCAAACGCUGCAGGAGUCUCUGAGCCAGCUGGACCACACGCUCACCUCCUACCUCACUGACCGCAUCGACGCCUUCCAGCUGCCGACAGAGGCACAGACCAUCGGAGCAGAGAUCGCAGCCCACGAGGUCACAGUAGAGGAGAUGAGGAGGAGAAACGUGGCCAACUUGCCUCCCCCCACCGGUGACGGCAAAGCUGCUCGAGGUGGAACCAUGCUGGACCAGCUUCAGAGAAAGCUGAGGGAAAUCUCCACAAAGUACCAGCUCUUCCAGAAGCCUGCUAACUUUGAGCAGCGCAUGUUGGACUGUAAGAGAGUGCUGGAAGGUGCAAAGGCUGAGCUGCACGUUUUGGAUGUGAAGGAUGUAGACCCCGAAAAAAUCCAGCCCCACCUCAAUGGCUGCAUGAAACUGUACAAGUUGCUGAGUGAGGUGAAGCUGGAGGUAGAGACGGUGAUAAAAACAGGUCGACAGAUUGUGCAGAAACAGCAGACGGAGAACCCCAAAGCCAUGGACGAACAGCUCACUGCGCUCAAACUGCUCUACAACGACCUGGGGGCACAGGUGACGGAAGGCAAGCAGGACCUGGAAAAAGCUCUAUCUCUGUCUCAGAAGUUCCAGAAAGACAGCGCCGCCCUGCAGGAGUGGCUGACCACCAGUGAGGCUCAGCUGCAGCAGAAGAACAGCUGUGGAGAUAUGCCGGCUGAAAUUGAUGCUGAGAUUGCGUGGGCCAAUGGCCUGUUGAAGGAGUCUGAGCCUCGUAAGGCGGACCUGUCCAGCCUGAUGGAGACCAGCGCAGGUCUGCAGACUCUGGUGGAAGGCAGUGAGGCAGAGCUGGAGGACAAAAUCUGUGGUCUCAAUGAAAGCUGCGACCGCGUCCGCACCUUGACCGAGGACUGGCUCAGUGCCGUGCUAAGUCACCAGAAUGAAGUGGAGAUUUUCGAUGAGAACUUGGCUCACAUCAGCACCUGGCUCUACCAGACCCAGAUCCACCUGGACGAGGCAGAGCGACUCGGCCCCGCAGAGAGGGAGCAGGUUGUAAAUCGCAUGCUGGAGGAGCUGGAUGACAUCAGUCUGCGCGUGGACAACGUGAAGGACCAAGCAAUCAUCCUGAUGACCAGCAGGGGGCCCGCCUGCAGAGACGUGGUGGAGCCCAAACUCAACGAGCUCAACUGCAACUUUGACAAAGUGUCCCAACACAUCAGAACUGCAAAGAUGAUGACCAGCUUGGAGUCAGGUGGUGUUGACCUGAACCAGCAGAUGUCUCAGCAGGUCAUUCACAGGCAGGAGGUCCAAACAGAUAGCCAGAAUCAGACUGGUCCCGCUGAGGCGCCGGUCCUUAGCGAGGUGAAAGACCUUCAGGCAGAGCUUCAAGACACCCUGAGGGCUCUCCAGCAGCAGCAGCAGCAGCAGGACACAGCACAUGUCCUGGAUGAUGACAAAUUGGACGAGGAGAAAGCCGGUGUGGAGGACUUGCUGAGACGAGGAGAAGAGCUGCUGCAGCAAACUCCAGAUGAAGGCCAGAGGGAGGAGCUGAGACUCAUGUUGAUCCGGCUACAGAGCCAAUAUUCUGCACACAGGGAGUUGAGGGUGGUACGAAUCAGACAAAUUGGAGUAUCUGUGGAAACUUCGUCUACUCAAACCGUCUCAGAGAUUGGAGUGUUUUCAGCUGAGGGGAUGCCGUCACAUCAGCCUAUCAGCGCUCCUUCACUCACUCCCUCCGACUACCUGUUGGGCAUCAACAAAGUUCUGCUCGCCAUGGCCGACAACGAGCUGCUCCUGAACUCGUCUGAGCUCAGUGGGGGGCGCUAUGAAGACUUUUCAAGCCAGGAGGAUACACUGAGGAAUAUCAAAGACAAUCUAGAAGGUCUCGGAGAUCACGUCACAAGGAUCCACGAACGCCAGCCUGAAGUUGUUCAGGAUGCCUCUCCUGCUGAGGUCGCCCAAAUCGGAGAUGCCCUGACGCAGCUCAACGCCGAGUGGGACCGAAUCAACCGCAUGUACAAUCACCGCAAGGGGAACUUUGACCGCGCUGUUGAGGAGUGGAGGCAGUUCCACUGUGACAUGAAUGACAUGAGCCAGUGGUUGACUGACACGGAGAUGCUGCUGGCUGAGAGCAUCGGCCCGGACGGACAGCUGGACCUUUACUCUGCACGGCAACACCAAGAGGAGCUGGAGGAAGGCCUUGCCAGCCACCAGCCUGUCAUGGCUGUACUUACCCGCACAGGAGAGCAGAUAAUCGGGCAGCUGUCUUCCCCUGAUGGACCCCUCCUUGAGGAGAAGCUGGACACUCUCAGUCAGCGCUGGAGGGCUGUCAAUCGCAAAGUUCUUGAGCGCCAAAGAAGGCUGGCUGGAGGAGACCCGGCCCUAUCAGACCUAGUGAGGAGACGCGAGGAGCUGGCCUUGUGGCUGCAGCAGACAGAAAACGCUGUCAGCUCCUUACCUGUCACCGCCACUGACGAAAACCUCAGAGAACUCAAGGCCCUCGCUGAGGAAAUGGACGGGCACAACGAACGCCUCGGAUGGCUGAAUAAGCACGCCCCUCAGAUCCUGGCCAGUCCAAGCAUGAGCCCUCAGAGUCGAGACCAGCAUGUGGGCAAACUGAGAGCCAUCAAUCUCAACUGGAGCAAGGUGACCCACGAGUUGCUGGACAGAGUAGGGGAGGUGGAGUCCAACCUGCAGAGUCAUGCACAGUUCCAAGACAGGAUGAACAGGCUCACUGACUGGGUUGUCGUCACACACCAGACUAUUGUGACCCGAGGCCUGAACCCGAGCCAAGCGCUGUCUCUGGAGGCCUCCAUGAGGGACAGGAAGAGAGACCUGGAGGACCUGUUGGCUCAUUCAAUAGAUCUACAGAGACGGCAGCAGCUGUUACCUCAGGAAAAGAGUAAGGUGGAGGAGCUGGCAUCCGAUUGGAAAGCUCUGGAUGUUCGACUGAGGGAGUCUCUCCAGCCUCCCGUCUCCCCUUGGAUGCAGCACCAGCAGGUCGUCCAGCACCAGCAGUUCGUAUCUCCGGUCCCCUCAGCCGUGCAGAUGGCCAGCCUGGUGAGCGAGGACCCUCACUACCAAACCCCGCACACGCCCGACACCGUGGCGCCCACCGACCUCAACCAGACGGCCACCGAGCUGGCAGACUGGCUGCUCCUCAUCACACAGAUGCUCAAGUCUAAUAUCGUCACGGUGGGGGACACGGAAGAGAUCAGGACCACUAUGGGACGACUUCAGGUAACAAAAAGUGACUUGGAACAGCGUCACCCCCAACUUGAGGACAUUUUCACUCUGGCACAGAACAUCAAAAACAAGACCUCUAACCUGGAUGUGCGGACAUCUAUAACUGAAAAACUGGAGAGGGUACGCAGCCAGUGGGACAGCACCCAGUAUGGCGUCGAGGCACGGCUCCAGCAGCUGGACAACAUGAUUGGCCACAGCAACCAGUGGGAGGAGCAAAGGAAGGAGGUGAACGCUCUGAUUGGGCACAACGAAGGACGAUUCCACAACCUCCUUCAGCAGUCCAGAGAUCCCCUGACUAAACAGCUUGCUGACAACAAGGCGUUUCUCCAAGACCUGGGCCGAGGCCAGGCUCCAGUUGCGGCCUUCAACGAGCUGUCCAAUCAUCUUCUGCAGGAGUAUUCCACUGAUGACACCCGCAGGAUCAAAGAGGUCACAGAUGCACACAAUGCGGCCUGGAACAACAUCAACAAUAGAGCAAGUGACCGUCAUGCCCAGCUGGACAAUGACCUAAAGGGUCUUCAGAUGUCCCUCAGAGAGCUCGAGUCCUUCCUCAAAUGGCUUCAGGAAGCAGAGACGACAGUCAACGUAUUGGCCGAUGCCUCCGAGAGGGAAGACCCGUCGCAGGAGUCCGCCCACACCAAGGAGCUGAGGAGACAACUGGAGGACAUCCAGGCUGAGAUCGAUGCCCACAAUGACAUUUACAGAAGUGUGGAAGGGAACAAGUCGAAGAUGGUCAAGGCCCUGGGCAGCUCAGACGAAGCAGUGUUCCUCCAACACCGGCUAGAUGACAUGAACCAACGAUGGAGUGACCUGAAGGCAAAAUCAGCCAAUAUCCGAGCCCACCUGGAAGCAAGUGCUGAGCGCUGGUCUCGUCUGCUGGGCCUCCUCGAGGAGCUGUGGAGGUGGAUCUGCAUGAAGGAUGAGGAGCUGGCUAAACAGAUGCCCAUCGGAGGAGACGUGCCCACCCUGCUGCAGCAGCAGAACCACUGCACGACACUUCACACAGAGCUGCAGGAACGGGAACACUUGGUCGUCAGCACUUUGGAUCAAGCCCGUACUUUUCUUGCCGACCAGCCCAUCGAGGGUCCUGGAGAGCCACGGAAGAACCUGCAGCCAAAGAAAGACCUCACCCCCGAGGAGAAGGCCCGAGGGUUGGCCCGGGCCAUCCGCAAGCAGACGGGCGAGGUGAGAGAGCGAUGGGAGCGUCUGAAGGGACACAUGGGCGGCUGGCAGAGUCAGGUGGAGCAAGCCCUGGAGCGACUCCAGGAGCUGCAGAGCUCCAUGGACCAGCUGGACCUGCGGCUGACCCAGGCAGAGGAUGCCAAGGCUACCUGGGAGCCCGUGGGGGAUCUGCUGAUCGAUUCUCUGCAGGACCACAUCGACAGGACCAUGACUUUCAGAGAGGAGAUCGCCCCCUUACGUCAGGAGGUAAGGAACGUCAAUGAGCUUUCUGCAGAACUGACGCCAUUAGACAUCCAGCUUUCCUCCACCGCCUCCAGACAACUGGACCAGCUCAACAUGAGAUGGAAACUACUACAGGUGGCAGUGGAGGACAGACUGAAGCUGCUGCAGGAAGCCCACCGAGACUUUGGCCCCUCCUCCCAACAUUUCCUCUCCACUUCCGUGCAGCUUCCCUGGCAACGUGCAGUUUCUCAGAAUAAGGUUCCAUAUUACAUCAAUCACCAGACGCAGACGACGUGUUGGGACCAUCCAAAGAUGACUGAGCUCUACCAGUCUUUAGCGGACUUGAACAACGUGAGAUUCUCAGCGUACCGAACAGCCAUGAAGAUCCGGAGACUACAGAAAGCUCUAUGUUUGGACUUGUUGGACCUCAGCGUGGCCCAGAGCACCUUUGAGCAGCACAAGAUGACCAAUAACAGUCAGCUGAGGUCCGUUCCUGAUAUCAUCAACUGCCUGACGUCGAUCUACGAUGGUUUGGAGCAGGAGCACAAAGACCUGGUCAACGUGCCGCUCUGUGUGGACAUGUGUCUCAACUGGCUGCUCAAUGUUUACGACACUGGCCGCAGUGGGAAGAUCCGAGUCCUGUCCAUGAAGAUUGGUUUGCUUUCUCUCUCCAAGGGACACCUGGAGGAGAAAUACAAAUACCUCUUCAGCCAGGUUGCAUCAGCAGGCGACACGUGCGACCAGAGGCAGCUGGGUCUGCUGCUUCACGAAGCCAUCCAGAUCCCAAGGCAGCUGGGCGAGGUGGCCGCCUUCGGAGGCUCCAACAUCGAACCCAGCGUCCGCAGCUGCUUCCAGCACGUGACCAAUAAGGUGGAGCUGGAGCCUCGGCAGUUUGUUGAUUGGAUGCGUCUGGAGCCCCAAUCGAUGGUUUGGCUUCCCGUCCUGCACAGAGUGGCAGCGGCAGAGACUGCCAAGCAUCAAGCCAAGUGCAACAUCUGCAAAGAGUGUCCUAUUGUUGGCUUCAGGUAUCGCAGUCUGAAGCAUUUCAACUACGAUGUGUGUCAGAGCUGCUUCUUUUCUGGGCGCACUGCCAAGGGCCACAAGCUCAACUACCCCAUGGUGGAGUACUGCACACCGACGACAUCAGGCGAGGACAUGCGAGAUUUCACCAAAGUGCUGAAGAACAAGUUCCGAUCAAAGAAGUACUUCGCCAAACAUCCUCGGCUCGGUUACCUGCCGGUCCAGACGGUACUGGAGGGGGACAACCUGGAAACCCCAGUCACCCUCAUCAGCAUGUGUCCGGAGCAGUACGAGCUGUCCCAGUCACCUCAGCUCUCUCAUGAUGACACCCACUCCAGGAUAGAGCAGUAUGCCAGCAGGUUGGCUCAGAUGGAGCGCUCCAAUGGCUCUCUGCCCACAGACAGCAGCUCAGCCACAGGAAGCAUGGACGAUGAGCAUGCCCUGAUCCUGCAGUACUGUCAGACACUGGGAGGGGAGGGCUCCCCCUGCAGUCAGCCCCAAAGUCCUGCCCAGAUCCUGCAGGCCGUGGAGAGGGAGGAGCGAGGCGAGCUGGAGAGGAUCAUUGCUCGUUUAGAGGAGGAGCAGAGGACCCUGCAGAGGGAGUAUGAGCAGCUAAAGGAGCAGCACAACCAGCGUGGGGCCCCUGCUGGAGGCCCCUGGGAGUCAGAGGGUUCGGCUCAUCCGGAUGAGGCCGAUCUCCUCGCCGAGGCCAAGCUGCUACGACAACACAAGGGCCGGCUGGAGGCCCGCAUGCACAUCCUGGAGGAACACAACAAACAGCUGGAGUCUCAGCUCCAUCGCCUCCGACAGCUUCUGCACCAGCCGGAGAUGGACUCGAGGGUAAACGGCGUGUCGUCUCCCACUGUGCAAGAUCGAGGGCCUCUCACUGAAAACUCAGAUGAGCUGCUGGACUCCCACAACAGCAGCUCUGACCUGGCAGAUGUAAUGGAGCAGAUUAACAACUCCUUCCCUGCAUGCAGUCCCUCAAGCCUCUCCUCAAGGCCACAGGUGAUGUGAGGACCGUCACCACAGAGUAUGGAGUGAGCUUGUGCAGUGAGGGAUGGGACCAUCCAAGAACAAACAAUCCCCCCCUGACCCAAAAUCCCAAAGACGCACAGGACCAGACAACUUAACUUCUUCGACCACCUUGUCUUGUACUAUGCAAACUGUCCAUUUUAUGAACUGUAGAUUGUACCUGAACAUUUGUCAGUGAUUUGUUUUGAUAUGCAGAGGAGUAUAUGGACACGGGGCUUUGUAUAGUCUAUUUUUUUGUUUGUCAGAGGGGGCUUUGAGAUUUUGUUUUGUUCUUAUUAAUUUUCUGCCUUCACUGGGAAUCAAUCUGUUACACGUUUUUGUCAUUCCAUUGCUUUGUACCCUCACGCCCCUAAAUUACAAGAUUUUAUGAAUCAAGCCACAUUUUUUGUCACACCUAAGUAAAACCUCUAACAAGUGAAUGGAUUCUUUUAAAGUUGUAGACCGUCAAGUCCCAAGUGUUUGUUUUCUUUGAAGAUCUGUCUCUCAGCAUGCUUGAUGUCAAAUCCCCCUUUAAACAUUGAAAUGCCGGCAGACUUUGCGUCGACUGCGAUUUGUUAAUGUAAAUUUUACCCUUUCUGUGCCUAUACAGUUUGUCAUUCCACGUGUGGAAGACAGUGAUGAGAGCGAUGAGUUGAAGUGGGAUUGUGCAUAAAAAAAGACAUUUUGGAAAAUUGAAAUCUGGGUUUGUAAGAGGCCCGUCGUCAUUAUGUAGAAUAGUAUUUUUAAAAGCUAUAUGUUCAGAAAUCAGAGGAAAGCCAUGAUUGCCUUGCUACCUCAGACUCAUAGACACAGUUUUGUUUUUUCGUGGUUUGUAAACUUGUUUAAAACAGUUGUGAUCAUUUACAGAACAAGAACAACCUGGUUUAGCAUUUAAGCUCCAGCUUACUGUAUCGGUGUACACUGCAAUGAGGAGAUACCAAGUGUAAAAAAGAGUUCUUAUUACUGUAUCACAAUGGGUCUGUGGCCUGCUGAAGCUAGCCGCCCGCUCUGACGAGUAUUACUUUUACCUGUUGUUGGUUUUUCCACUGGCCUUCUAGCACUGGUCCCUCACUGCAUUGUGUUGUUGUGCUACAUGCUAUCCUGUAAAACUUGUGAGACUGAACAACACUACUAUAACCUCCUCUGACUGUAGACUAAUGAUGAUGAUGGUGAGGAUUUUAUUGAUUCCAAUCAUGAUGAACCGUACCAUGGCAGAACUGUGUCGCUUCUCCUGAGGUAUGUAAAAUAGAUUGACCACACUACGUGUAAUAUGGCUACGUUGUUUUAUUCUAAAUAAAAUUUUUAUAACAAGUA